AUGUAUGAGACAAGGGCCAACUAUAAGUCUGAAAACAAGCAUGGACAUGUAGGACAAACUUUUAUGAAAAAGUUUUGGGCAGGCAAAGGGCUUGGGUAUUUGAAAGUGGAUCGGGAAAAAUGUGAAUUAAUAACGAAUCAAGCAAAUGAAAUUCUGUCCUUAACUUUGCUUCAACCUGAUUGGUUACUUUUGAGAACGAAAGAAUUGUCAACAACUGAGAAGGAUGGGAAAGAGGUGAAGAAGGAUUCAAAUAAAGAAACAACAGAAAAAGAUACAGUAAAGAAAGAAGAAAAGCCUCCAGAGAAAGAUGUAAAGAAAGAAGUGAAAGAUGAGGAGAAGAAGAAAGAUGCCAACAAAUUAAAUGAUACAAAACCUACAGAAGCUUCCAAAGAGACAUCACCUGAAGCUGCAGCAACUAAAGACAACAGUAAUACAGCAGUAAAACAGGAAGAAAAAGCCAGCCCGACAUCCAAAGAAGACACCAAGAAAGAAUCAUCUGAUGCUGCCAACUCCAAAAAACGAAAACUUUCUGAAGCAGCAGAUAACACAAGUGAGACACCUACCACAGAAACACCUGAACAGAAAGAAAAACCACAAAAGGCAAACACACGAAGUGGAGGACGUGGUCGACCUCCAAAGAAAAACAAGCCAAAAUAUGUAGAGUCUGAUGAGGAUAUAGAUGAGGUGAAAACGCCAAAGAGACGGAGGCGUGCAGCGAAAGCAGAGGUAGAAGAAGCUGGGAGUAGUGAAUCAUCUCCACCUGCUCGACGGCCAUCAAGAGCAGCUGCAGCAAAGAGAAACAGUUAUGUUGAUGACUUCGUUAUUGGAGAUGAAUACAGUGAUGAUGAUCUAAGAUAUCGGCGCAGGACAUAUAAAGAAGAUGAUGAUGAUGAUGAAAACGAUGAAGAUUUUAUUGCUUGGGAUGAUGAUGAUUCAGGCAGUGACUGGGAAAAGAAGAGAGGCACUAGUCGAGGACGAGGUAAAGGUCGGGGCAGUCCAAAGAAAUUGUCGCUGAAACCAAGAGGCCCUGGAAAAAGUGUAGGACGGAAACGACGAAGGCGAAGGAACUGUGACGAAGAUUCUGACGAAGAGCUGGACUCAUACAUUCCUAGACCGAGUCGAAGAAGGGCUGCGGCUCGUGCACAAAAAGAGGAGGAGGAAGGAGAGGAAGAAGAGGAAGAGGAAGAAGGAGAAGAGGAGGAGGUGGAGGAGGAAGAAGAGGAAGAGGAUUCAAGCAAGAAAGCUGGAGCCGAGAAAAAAGAAAGAGUUCCGUGUCAAUAUGGAGACAAGUGUUUCAGGAAGAAUGCCUCCCAUCUAAAGGAGUUCUCACAUCCUUGUGAUGAAGAUGUGAAAGGGACAGAGAAAGAUGUUUCUCAAACUGGAGGUGAGGAACAGGAGAGGAAAGAGAGGAAAAAUGCCAACAAACAAGAGAAGCCUGAGUGUCAGUAUGGAGUUGCAUGUUACAGAAAAACUGCCCAGCACCGGAAAGAAUACAAGCACACAAUACAGCCAGAGCCAGUCAACCGGCCAAAAAGAAUGACAACAACACUUAAAGUGACUGGAGGUGAUGAAGAUUUCUCUGACCAGCCUCCAUCUGAUGAAGAAUCAAUGGAUGAAGAUUCUGAAUGGGAACCUGAAGCUGCUUCUGCUGGUGGACCAAAAGUAAAAGGUUCAGCAGCUCAAAAAAAAGUGAAUGCAUAAAACA